AUGAAAAAUUUUCACGUAACAAAAAGUCUGAACAUUCAAAGGAGUAACUUUUUCGGAAAUUUUGUCCGAUGUGAUAAGACAGUGAGAUUUAAGAAGGUACUUGUAAAUACUUGGAGUAGUUUAAAGGAGAGCACCAAAAAUGAUAUUUCUAAUUAUGGGGGUUACAAUAACAGGGAGUUGAGUAAAAACAAAUGGAAACGCGAAAUAUAUAACUUAGGCUACAGUAAUAAGUCUACAAAUGGAAAAGUAAAGGAAGGAAUAAACAAAUACAUCCACAGUAGUAGCAGUGGUAACGUCAGCAGCUGUAACAGUGGAAACGGUAACAGUGACGAUAAAGAACAGAGCGCAGUUACAGAGAAGACAGAAAAAGUGGAAGAUCCAAUUAGCGAUUAUAAAAAAAAAAAGAUGAGCAGAUUUUAUUUAGAUAGUCAAGCAACUACAAUGAUAGACCCAAGAGUACUGGACAAAAUGCUUCCGUACUUGACAUACAUAUAUGGGAAUGCUCAUUCACGAAAUCAUUUUUUCGGAUGGGAAUCUGAAAAGGCAGUAGAAGAUGCAAGAAAAUGUAUUCUAAAAUUAAUAAACGGAAAAAAUAAUAAAGAAAUUAUAUUUACCUCAGGUGCAACAGAAAGCAAUAAUUUAGCCUUAAUAGGAAUAUGUACAUACUAUAACAAACUUGAUAAUAAAAAAAAUCAUAUUAUAACAUCUCAAAUUGAACAUAAAUGUAUAUUACAAACUUGUCGUUACUUACAGACUAAAGGAUUUGAAGUAACAUAUUUGAAACCUAAUGAACAUGGUAUUAUAAAAUUAGAGGAUAUUAAAAAUAACAUUAAAGAUAAUACGAUAAUAGCAUCUUUUAUUUUUGUAAAUAAUGAAAUUGGAGUGAUCCAAGAUAUUCAAAAUAUAGGAAAUUUAUGUAAAGAAAAAAAUAUACUAUUACAUACAGAUGCAUCACAAGCAGUAGGGAAAAUUCCCAUUGACGUGCAAAAAAUGAACAUAGAUUUGUUGUCCAUGUCUGGUCAUAAAUUAUAUGGUCCCAAAGGAAUUGGUGCGUUAUAUAUUAAAAGAAAAAAACCUAAUAUUAGAUUAAAUGCUUUAAUUCAUGGUGGAGGACAGGAGAGAGGCUUAAGAUCAGGCACAUUACCUACUCAUUUAAUUGUUGGCUUUGGAGAAGCUGCAAAUUUAUGUUCAUAUGAAAUGAAUAGAGAUUGUAAGAAGAUGCGUUUUUUUUUCAAUUAUGUAAAAGAGUAUUUAUUAAAACAUUUAGAUUAUAUUGUAUUUAAUGGGUGUCAAAUAAAUAGGUAUUUUGGAAACAUGAAUAUAUCCUUUUUAUUUGUUGAAGGGGAAAGUUUAUUAAUGUCUUUAAAUGAAAUUGCUUUAAGUUCAGGCUCUGCUUGUACAUCGAGUACUCUAGAACCUAGUUAUGUUUUAAGAUCUAUUGGAAUAUCAGAGGAUAUUGCACACACAUCUAUAAGAAUUGGUUUUAAUCGGUUCACAACAUUUUUUGAAGUUCAGCAAUUGUGCACCAAUUUAGUGAAGUCGGUUAAAAGGUUAAGGAGCAUUUCACCUCUCUAUGAAAUGGAGUUAGAAAAAAACUCCUCUCAGGGUGAUACUCCCCAAUUUGUAUGGACGUAA